AAGAAGCAUACAUAUUGAUAGGAAUCAUUCGAAUUCACUAUAAAUAAGAGGUGCGCAGCAGAGAAAUCUCACAAUGCGCGGUUAUUUGUCGAGAAGGUAGUAAAAAAUACUAAACGUUUUACAAGAAGUACAAUGAGAGCAUUCAGGUUUCUUCGUGUUCUUUUAAUAAUGGUGAUAAUAACGAUAUGUGUGAUACCAUUGGGAACGUGCAAAACUAUCCCGGUCCAUGAAACAACCGAAAGAUUUCAUAGGACACAAAAAACAACACAAACUACAUCUACUGAAACGUGGCUUACCACUCCUUAUAUCAUAGAUACUCCUCGGAAAAGUGAUAAAAUGAUUUGCCCGGAAGGACAAAAGGUAGAUCAACACGGAAUAUGUCGUGAGAGGGUUUAACAUCGAAAAUAAACAGGUA